AUGGACAGCAGUAAAGAAAACAAAGAGGAGGUAGUAGAAAAAACUAAAAAAGCAGAUAAUGCAGAAAAGUCAAAAGAAUCUGUACAGAAAGAUGAAGCUGUAGAAAAGCUAGAGAAGUCUGAAGGCCCAAACAAGCUGGAAAACACACAGGAAACAGAAACUCCAGAACAAGUGGAAACAGCAGAAAAGCCAGAGAAGAGUCUGAAAGUGUUGAAAUGGCAGAAAAAUCUGAAUGUGUUGAAAUGGCAGAGAAGUCUGAAAGUGUUGAAAUGGCAGAGAAGUCUGAAAGUGUUGAAAUGGCAGAGAAGUCUGAAUGUGUUGAAAUGGCAGAGAAGUCUGAAUGUGUUGAAAUGGCAGAGAAGUCUGAAUGUGUUGAAAUGGCAGAGAAGUCUGAAAGUGUUGAAAUGGCAGAAAAGUCUGAAAGUGUUGAAAUGGCAGAAAAGUCUGAAAGUGUUGAAAUGGCAGAAAAGUCUGAAAGUGUUGAAAUGGCAGAAAAGUCUGAAAGUGUUGAAAUGGCAGAAAAGUCUGAAAGUGUUGAAAUGGCAGAAAAGUCUGAAAGUGUUGAAAUGGCAGAAAAGUCUGAAAGUGUUGAAAUGGCAGAGAAGUCGGAAAGUGUUGAAAUGGCAGAGAAGUCUGAAAGUGUUGAAAUGGCAGAGAAGUCUGCAAGUGUUGAAACUGCAGGGAAGUCUGCAAGUGUUGAAGAAACUGCAGGGAAGUCUGAAAGUAUUGAAGAAACUGCAGGGAAGUCUGAAAGUAUUGAAGAAACUGCAGGGAAGUCUGAAAGUGUUGAAGAAAACUGCAGGGAAGUCUGAAAGUGUUGAAGAAACUGCAGGGAAGUCUGAAAGUGUUGAAGAAACUGCAGGGAAGUCUGAAAGUGUUGAAGAAACUGCAGGGAAGUCUGAAAGUGUUGAAGAAACUGCAGGGAAGUCUGAAAGUGUUGAAGAAACUGCAGGGAAGUCUGAAAGUGUUGAAGAAACUGCAGGGAAGUCUGAAAGUGUUGAAGAAACUGCAGGGAAGUCUGAAAGUGUUGAAGAAACUGCAGGGAAGUCUGAAAGUGUUGAAGAAACUGCAGGGAAGUCUGAAAGUGUUGAAGAAACUGCAGGGAAGUCUGAAAUUGUUGAAGAAACUGCCGGGAAGUCUGCAAGUGUUGAAAUUGCAGGGAAGUCUGAAAGUGUGGAAAUUGCAGGGAAGUCUGAAAGUGUUGAAAUUGCAGGAAAAUCUGAAAGUGUUGAAAUUGCAGGGAAGUCUGAAAGUGUUGAAAUGACAGAUAUGUGUGAAGAUGUUGAAAUGGCAGACAAAUCUGAAAAUGCUGAAGGGACUGAUAGGUCUGAAAAUGCUGAAGCAACUGAUAGGCCUGAAAAUGCUGAAGCAACCGAUAGGUCUGAAAAUGCUGAAGCAACUGAUAGGCCUGAAAAUGCUGAAGCAACCAAUAGGUCUGAAAGGGCUAAAGCUACCAAUAAGUCUGAAAAUGUUGAGACCACAGAUAAAUCUCAGAAGGCAGAGACUGGAAAAGUAGAUGUCCCGGAGAACAGAGAAAAGCCAAAUGCGCCAGAAAAUACAGACAACACAGAUGUACAGGACAGUGACAAAACAGAAAAGCUAGAAAAAAUGGAUAAGACAAAUGAUCCGGAAAAGACAGACAAAACAGAAGAACUAAAGAAAACUAACGUGUUAGAAGAGUCAAAAAUAAUGAGAGAGACGGAUGAGGCAGAAGAUUUGGAAAAAUUCGGAAAGACUGACAAGGCAGAGUCCACAACAGGGGAGCCAAGAAAGGAAGAGAAGCCAAAAGGGGGUGUGGAGAAAGUAAAGACAGAAGACUCGGAGGAAGAAAAAACUGGUGUAGCUGUAGAAGAAAGAAGCAGGCAAACUAAAGAUGUAUCAGAGGACAAAAGCGGAUCUACAGUGGAAGCAAUGGAGACAAAUGAAGAUGAAGAGAAGGAAAGUGCCGACUCAGCAAUGACGAAUGGACAUAGUGAAGAGACGAAUGGUGUUGCUAAUGGUGAUUCUGAGAAGCGCCCAGCAGAGGAUUCUGAAACGAAAGAAGUAUCUCCUCCAAAGAAAGCUAAAAUUCAGGAGUCUGAAACGACAGAGCCCAUUGCAGAGGCCACUGCCUAGUCUUCAGUAUACAGUAGCACUCCAGUUAUAUUUUCCCCCCCUUGCUAUGGAUUCUUUUCUUUUAUGUAUAGAACUUUGCUACUGUAUGUGGCUGUAUUCUUUCCAUGAGCGUCUACAUUUUUUCCUACCUAUGUACCUGUUGGUUUUUUUAUAGUACAGUAUCUAUUUGUAAGAAUGUAUUCUAAAGGGGGGGGGGGCAUUUGAUGUAUGCACCAUGUACAAAUGUAGACUGGUGCCAGUCUGUAGCUUCCAAAAGUCAUUGGCUGGAAAUGAUUUAUGUAGUUAAAUUUUUUGCUGUCAGUGAUAGUAAAUUUUUUCAGUGGAAAAUUAUAAAUUGUAAUUUGUGACCAUUUUUGGAAUGGUAGUUUAAGGAAUUUGCUAACCACCUGUCAUCUUGCUUGUACAUUUCUCGUGUUGAGUGAGUGUGUGAGACUUGAUAUAGGCUGAACUAAUAAUGUUUGCUGUGUUAGGGCUAGUAUAGCACUAAUUAGAAUCUGACCUUUAUUUAUUUCUAAGUCAUGUUUGUAAGUAUUGGAAUGCAAGUAAGCUCCAUCUCCACACGUAGGGAAGGAUCGAAACUUUAGUUUUAAUUUGUACACACGUCAACAUUCCGUUUUUGUUAAAAUGACCAUUUGAGGUUACUGUGUAACCUGCCUGGCUGAAAUGAGUGAUUUUGAAUGGUAUGUAGGAUUAUUUUUCAAAUAAAUAACAAACAGUU